CACUACUGGAGCACCUGCAGCAAAGUACCGGGGAAAUUACUACUCAGACGACAGCAAGGUGUUGCCAAACAUCAGUAAAGACUAAACUUACAAAGAACAUAUUGCACUGGUCAGGUAAUGCAGCGAAGACACUGAGUGGAAAGUACUGGAAGGUGAAUAUGGAAUCCCAGUCCAGGUACUGUACAGAAAAAUUUCGCACUUUUCUUCAUCGAUGAAAUGAAACAGUGUCGGUAGCAGCUCUUGUGUUCUUCAGACAAACGUAGAGGAGACUAACAGUAAAUAUCUAUGCACUGACCUUGGAGACAGUUUGCUCUCCGUUUAACUAGUUUGAGGUUGUAGUUCAACAUGGCGAGCCAACGGGCAGAGUUGCUGAUCAACGAACAGGAAACAAACAUUGACGAAGUGGACUACCUGUUGUCCUCGCCCAGGACGACCGCGUGUGUCCCAUCCCGGGUGGUGAGCGCUGUGUAUGGCUCUGCAGACUUCCAGACCUCACCUUUGACCUUGCGAGGAGCGAGUGGGAAGAAGGGAGACGGUGCUCCGUACCAGCUGCGCGCCCGGGAGGGGGUAGAGGGAGGAACAUCCUUCUCCGCCUUCAGGGCUCGCUUGGUCCUGUUCUUCUUCCAGAUCUUGCGGGGACUGGGCGCCAACGUGGCCGGUCCCGUUAACAACCAGUACAUCCACUUCCGGUUCCACGAGAUCUACUUCAACGGCACUGACGACACCAACACCUCCCUGGCGGCCAGCGCCAAGUGCGACGACAACGCGAGUAACCCCGUAGACGAGAAGGAGAACGCGCUGCAGGAGGACAUGAGCGAGCUGGUGAUGUACCUCACCAACACCUACUACAUCUCCAUGCUGCUGGUCACAGUCCUCCUCGGCUCCUCCUCUGACAUCAUCGGUCGCCGGCCGCUGCUGCUGAUCCCGAGCUUCGCGCAGGUGCUGGACCAGAUCCUUCACUCCGUCAUCGUCCUCUUCCACUGGGACCUGCGCACGCUGUACAUCCCGGCCGUCCUCAACGGCCUGAGCGGCGCCGCCAACAUCAUCGGCCUGGGCGUGUACGCCCUCACUGCAGAUCUGACCCCGCCCUCCAAGUCGCGCACCAUGGGGAUCGCCAUCGUGGAGUUCGCGGGAGGGAUUCCCUCCGUCGCCGCGCAGAUACUUGCCGGGGUCCUGGUCCAGACUUUCGGGUACUUCAUCGCCACCGUUUUUCCUACCUUUAUCUACUUCCUGGCUUUUCUCCUCGUUUAUCUGUACAUCCCAGAGACCGUGCCCAAGAGGAAGGGUGGCCACACGCUGUGCGUGAACCCUGUCAAGUACCUCAAGAACAUCGUCGGCCUCUUCCUGUCGGACGGCACCAAGCGGGAGCGCUUACAGCUGUGCACGGCUUUGCUGAUCAUCACCAUCUUCUUCCUUGCUGUCUACGGGUACGGCAACGUCUUCCUGAUGUACGAACUGGGUGUGCCCUUCUGUUGGGACCCGGAGAUGGUCGGCAUCUUUGGCGGCAUCUCCGCCGCUGUGGGCAGCACCUCCCAGAUCGUGUCCCUGAAGCUUCUGCACUACGUGUGUUCGGAUCCCGUCAUCCUCAUCCUGGGCAUGCUGUCAACGGCCGGCGCCUACGUCAUUCAGGGCCUUGCUCAGAGCAACGCCAUGCUCUUCACCUCGAUUCCGGCCGGCGUCAUCGGAGCCACCAACUCCCCCGUCAUCCGGUCUAUUCUGUCCAGCAAGGCUGGUGCAGAUAAACAAGGCGCACUGUUCACUGCCGUUGCCGUGGUGGAGACGUUCUGCAGUCUGGCGUCCAACACCAUGUACAUCAUGAUCUACCGCUCCACUCUCCACAUCCUGCACGGCCUCGUCUUCAUCUGCAUGGCCGGCCUGCUAGUCUUCAACGUCCUCCUCAUUCUGACGCUGGGGCUGUGCAUGUGCGAUUGUCCAGUGGUCGCAGCGAGGAUUCGGGUCGACACUUCUGCCAAUAAAAAAAUUAUACGAGGCGUUCUCGCAGCAGGAGCGGAAAUGGCGAAGAUGUUGUCAGAGCUGUUGGAGCCUGGCAGAAAUGGCUGCGCAGAGAAGGACUCGUUGUUGGCACAAGAAGGUUUAGUAAACUCCAAGUCUUGGCACUCGACAGUGGCUUAUGGGGCUACUGAGACUUCUUGGGAGCAAGGUUUAGAACCUCUUCCUAACGCACAUAAGAAACUAGGCUCGCCAUCGUCUGUUCGCGCUCGUGUGAGUUUGUUCUUUGUGGUAUUUUUCUACAUGAUCAGCGUGCUAGUCCUGCCCCCGCUGACCACGCCAUACUACCAGGAUGUGUUCAGACCGCAGUUCUCCAACGACAGUUGGCUGGGCGCCACCAACAAGUCUUCGCAGGCGACGACGUGCGACACCAACAGCAGCGACCCCAGCGUGCAUCAACAGGACAAGCUGCAGGAGUACGUGGCGCAGUUCUCGCUGUACGUCUCCCUGGCCAAGACCGUCCCCAUGGUCAUCGUCACGCCUCUGCUCGGGGCAGCUUCUGAUGUCAUGGGAAGGCGCUUCAUCUUCUUCUUGCCUAUCGUCACGGGUCUCCUCAGCCAGUCCUUCUUUGCUGCCCUCGUCUGGUUCCACCUCGACGUCCACUUCCUGUUCGCUUCCAACGCCCUUGCUGGAGUCAGCGGAGACUUCUGCGUCUUCCUGUUGGCUCAGUUCGCGUACACCGCAGAUUUAACGCCUUUGGCUGGAAAGGCCAGAACUCUGGGCAUUGUCUUAAACGAAUUCGUAAUCAGAAUUUCCAGCACCCUGGGGAAGCUGGCCAUUGGCUACAUAAUUGAGAACGUGGACUACUUUUAUGCGUCUCUCGUGCCUGUCGGAGGCUUCGCCUUGGCCCUGCUGUCCCUCUACUAUCUGCCAGAGACCGUGAGCAGACGACAAAGUAACAGAACUGAGGUUAAUCCUGUGACCUACCUACGAACUACAUUCGCCUUCUACAUUUCCUCCGGAAGUGCACACGAGCGUGCGUUGUUCCGUAUGUCCUUCUUGCUGCUCCUUGUCAACUUUCUGUGUGUGACUGGCGCGGGGGGUGUGUAUGUGUUGUACCAGCGCAAUGCCCCCUUCUGCUGGGACCCGCAGCAGAUGGGACUGUUUGGUGCCAUAAGCACCAUCCUCCCGGCAACCUCCUCGGUGCUGCUCAUGCGGCUGCUGCAGACGUGCUGCUCGGACACCACCAUCCUUGUCGCCUCCAUGCUUUCCAAGGUCGGCCAGUUCGUAAUCAUCGGGCUGGCACAGAAUGAUUAUAUGCUAUACACUUCGAUCGCGGCAUCUUUUCUCUCCGAAGCAUCGGUUGGCAUCAAUCGCUCUAUCAUGUCCAAAAUGGCGGGCAGUGAGAAACAAGGUGCCUUGUUCGCAAGCAUCGCGGUGACGGAGUCUUUGGUCAGUCUUGCCUCAUCCACGAUCUACACCACAGUGUACGAGGCCACCGUAGAGCGCAUGCGCGGGGCUGUCUUCCUGCUGAUGGCGGGGUUGACGGGGCUUAACAUCGUCUUCACACUGUUCUUCAUCCGAAUGUCCAGGUCUGGCGGAACAUCCUACGAGACGAGCAUACAAGGUGAAGUUCUGGUCGCCAUUCCAUAUAUAUUUGAACUGUUUGUCAGUCUGCUGGUGAGGGAAGUAACUCCAAAACCCCCGAACAAAGAGAACAAAAAGAGUUAUUCCCCAUUGAACGUCAGUCACUCUAUCACCUUUGCCUUCGCUUUUUUCGUCGUCUGCGACCAAUACAACUGGAUAUCGAGGCAUCACUGCGACUGGCUCGGACAGGGAGAGAGGAAUUUUCAGGAAAAGGCAAUCUCUGGUGGUGGAGACUUGCCUGAGCUGACCCCGAGUCUGGCCUGCGACAUGGAGUCGUGCCCCUGCCUCAACACGUUGCCUGUGGACUUUCACGCGGGCACUGAUUUCUGUAUCAAAUGGUCCGUCAUACUGGAUCAGUAA